ACGCGUGUGGCGUGUCUUCUGCUGAUCGACCGUCGUGAAACCCAGCAGGAGUGCCUCCGUUCCCUUGUUUCCCCUCUUCUGUGUUUGCGUCCGAGGGUCGUUCCUUUUAGGUGGUGUCCUCGCAGCAGUCUCUCUCUCUCUAUCUCUGUGUGUAGAGAUGGGGAAGAAUCAAGCGUACAAGGCGAUGCAGAGAGCGAGGAUGAGUUCGACCUCGGGAGCGCCCGAAAACAUCGAAGACGGAAUGAUGGAUGGUUCAUUUCAUUCACCAGAGUGGCAUGCUGCUCGCCUGGCAAGCCUUAAUACUUCUCAUACAAUAACUUGGGAGGAAUUCAAGAAAAAACAACGGAUGGCCAAAGGAGAUAACACUCAUUCUCCAUUUUAGAAACAAGAGGCUAUGCUCGAAUGCACCGGGAGCAUGGAAAGAUGAGAUGAUCGUUCAUUUCAUGCUUAAAUCAUGUUUUUUAUUUUAUUAAAUAUGACAUUGUCUCUAUUUUCUUCUCAUCCUCAUCUCCCCAUGGCCAUAGGUUAUAAAACUCGAUCUCUAUUGUAGAGACAAAAGGCUAUGCUCUAGUGCACCAGGUGCAUAGAAAGAUAUUAUAUCAUUUCAUAGUUA